AUGAAGCCCGUGGCCACCCUCGAGGAGAAGUGGAAGCUUCUGCCUGCCUUUCUCAAGAUGAAAGGCCUGGUGCGACAGCACAUUGAGUCUUUCAACCACUUUAUCGAGGUGGAUAUCAAAAAAAUCCUGGCAGCCAAUGCCAAGGUCACGUCAGACAACGAUCCCAACUUUUAUGUGCGCUACUUGGACAUUCGCGUGCUUCCCCCCAGCAUCAAUGAGGGCUUCAAGACGAACAACACCGUCACCCCAAUGCAAUGCCGACUCCGCAGCGCCACGUAUGCCGGUGACAUUGUUGUUGAUUUGGAGUACCGCCGAGGUCACGAGACACUGCGCGUUGAGAACACGCGCAUUGGACGCAUGCCCAUUAUGCUGCGCUCGAACCUUUGCGUGCUCAACGGCGCCUCGCACGCAAAGCAAGCCAAAUAUGGAGAAUGCCCCCACGACCCUGGAGGCUAUUUUGUCGUUUCCGGCACCGAAAAGGUCAUCCUCAUCCAGGAACAGCUCUCCAAGAACCGCAUCAUCGUGGAAGAGUUUAAGGGAGAUCUGACAGCCUCCGUCACCUCAUCAUCGGCCGACCGCAAGACCAAGACGACCAUCAUCUUCAAAAACGACCAAUUCUACAUGCUGGUGAACACGCUCUCCGAGGCCGUACCUUUGGUGGUGGUCCUCAAGGCCAUGGGCGUCAUCAGCGAUCAGGAAAUCAUGCAGCUGAUUGGCGCCGAAGAAGAGGCAAUGCUCGUGCUCGGCCCCUCGGUUGAGCGUUGUGCCAAUCUCAAUAUUUUCACGCAGAAUCAAGCCCUGGCCUACUUGGGGAGCAAGAUCAAACUGCUGCGCACUUAUGGUGGAGCUCGCACCAAGGAGGACAUGGGCCGCGACCUUCUCUCGUCUGUCGUUCUUGCGCACGUCCCUUGCGAGAACUUUGAUUUCCGCGCCAAGGCUGUCUUUCUCAGCCUCAUGGUCCGUCGCGUCAUCAUCUCCAUGGGUGACAAGAUGACCGAUGACCGUGACUAUCUCGGUAACAAGCGCCUUGAAUUGGCCGGAUCCCUCAUGUCGCUCCUCUUUGAAGACACCUUCAAGAACUUCAACGCCCAGCUCAAGCGACAGGCGGAUGUCAAUCUCAGCAAGAAUCGCGUGGCUGCGUUUGACGCUACCAACUUUAUGCGCGAAGACAUCAUUACCAACAGCCUGCGCAAUGCCAUCUCCUCGGGCAACUGGAUUCUCAAGCGCUUCAAGAUGGAGCGACACGGUGUUACCUCAGUUCUCUCCCGUUUGUCAUUCAUCGCCUCUCUGGGCAUGAUGACGCGUAUCACUUCGCAAUUCGAAAAGACACGCAAGGUGUCAGGCCCACGUUCGCUGCAGCCCUCCCAAUGGGGCAUGCUGUGUCCGGCAGAUACACCCGAAGGCGAAGCCUGCGGUCUGGUCAAGAACCUGGCCCUCAUGACCCACGUCACCAAUGAUGACGAGGAAGAGCCGCUCGUCAAACUGGCAUACAACCUGGGUGUCGAGUCUUUGCACUUGAUCAAUGGCGAAGAGUUUGGUCGCAGCAGCACCUUUCUCGUCUUCAUCAACGGUCUCAUGCUUGGCGUGACGCGCCGGCCUCGCAUCAUGGUCCGCAAUUUUCGACUUUUGCGGCGCUCCGGCCGCAUUUCGCCUUUUGUGUCCAUUUCUCUCAACAAGAAACACCGAUGCGUCUACAUUGCCUCGGAUGCCGGGCGCACUUGCCGGCCUUAUAUCAUUGUUGAGAACGGCAAGUCCAAGGUGCGGCCCCACCAUCUUGAAGAGCUGAACAUGGGCAUCACCACCUUUGACGACUUUGUCAUCAACGGCCUGGUUGAGUACCUGGACGUGAACGAGGAGAACGAUUCGCUGCUGGCAUUGUACGAGAACAACAUCGAGGCCGAUACCACUCACCUGGAGAUUGAGCCCUUUACGAUUCUGGGAGCCUGCGCAGGCUUGAUUCCGUAUCCCAAUCACAACCAGUCGCCGCGCAAUACCUACCAGUGUGCCAUGGGCAAGCAAGCCAUGGGCGUGAUCGCCCUCAACUACCAGCAACGCAUUGACACUCUUCUAUAUAGCCUGGUUUACCCCAUGCGGCCUGUGGUCAAGACCCGCACUAUUGAGCUCAUUGACUUUGAAAAACUGCCAGCUGGCCAGAACCCAAUUGUUGCAGUCAUGUCCUUCUCUGGAUAUGAUAUUGAGGACGCCACCGUCAUGAAUCGGGCAUCCUUCGAUCGUGGCUACGGCCGCUGCGUCGUGUACUCCAAGAUGCAAACGAGCUUGAAAAAGUAUAACGGCAACCUCACAGACAUCAUCCGCCCAGCCCCUCGCGAUGAAGCCGGCAAUGCAAAAGGCAUCGUUGCCGUUGGCCAGCCCAUGUAUAAUCGGGAUGUGUUGGUCAACAAGCAGACGCCGAUCAAGCGCGGUACAGAGAUUGACUACGCGUCGACUCAGGUUCGAUACAAGGGCACAGUGGGCAAGGAUGCCUACUGUGACCAGGUGAUGGUCUCAUCCAACAACGAGGACUCGAUGCUGAUCAAGAUUCGCGUUCGAAGCACGCGUAUUCCCGAGCUGGGUGACAAGUUUUCAUCUCGCCACGGCCAAAAGGGUGUCUGCGGUCUCAUUGUGAACCAGGAGGAUAUGCCGUUUAACGAUGCUGGCGUGUGCCCCGACAAGAUCAUGAACCCACACGGUUUCCCCUCGCGCAUGACCGUUGGCAAGCUCAUGGAGUUUUGCGGUGCCAAGGCGGGCGUGCUCAAUGGCAACUACAAUUACGGCACGGCAUUUGGCGGCACGACCAUCCCGGAAAUGUGCAACACGCUGCUGAAGCACGGCUACAACUACCAUGGCAAGGAUUAUUUAACUUCGGGCAUCACUGGCGAGCCCUUGGAGUCGUAUAUUUUCAUGGGCCCCGUGUUUUACCAAAAGCUUAAGCACAUGGUCAUGGACAAGAUGCACGCGCGUUCUCAGGGGCCCAUGACGCUCUUGACGCGCCAGCCGACCGAGGGUCGAGCGCGUGAGGGUGGUCUGCGCCUGGGCGAGAUGGAGCGUGAUUGCCUCAUUGGACAUGGCUCGAGCAUGCUGCUGCUGGAGCGGCUGAUGAUUUCAUCCGAUGCCUUUGAGGUGCAUGCAUGCAGCCAGUGUGGCCUGCUUGGCUCAGCCGGCUGGUGCCAGUAUUGCAAAUCAUCCCGCGGCAUUUCAAAGCUGCAGCUACCCUAUGCCUGCAAGUUGCUGUUUCAGGAGUUGCAGAGCAUGAACAUUGUGCCACGUCUCACCCUGCAACACUACUCCGAGUAA